UUUAUCAGACGGAUCUAACCCCUAUUAUAACUAUGGCGGGUCAUGGCUUUUAAAGGCCUCCAUUCCUGUUUCCUACCUCUCUGAGUUAUUUCAUUGAAGUGCACUCAACGUUCUCCAUUGAAGCGUUCUCCGUUGAAUCUAAUUCUUGUAUCCCCCAUUGAAGCAGCUUCUAAGGGUGACCAUUUCAAGUUUUAUAAGGCAUGGAUGAUGUGCUGACUGACAUUCCCCCACCUUCAAGGUUCUCUGACGAGGAUCUCAACAUCUUUGUCCCUCCAUCUCCUUCACUUCCAACUCCAUUCAUCGUGCUCACAGAUCCUUAUACUAAUGAAACUCUUCGUCCUUCACUUCUUAUCUUUGCCAUUUCACCCCCAUCUCUUCAUAUAUUUCAUCAUGUGUCCUCUAAAAAACUCAUAGGAACACUCAUUCUCCCUGAAAUUCCUUUCUCCGGAAACACCAUUGCGCCCUCUUUGAAGAAUAAAUCUUGCAAUAUUUACUCACUAAAUGAUAAUGAAAAGCUAGUCCUCCUUGUUUGUGUCCAGUUUAAUGUACCUGCAGAGAGAUGUCACACUGUUUCAAAACUGUUUCUCGCUGAAAAGAUUGUUCCAGAGAGGGUAUUGGUCUUAGAUUCUGUUCAGAUACAGAAGUUUCGUGGGAAGUUAUCAAGGGAUGAUACUGUGGCCUACAAGCUUGAGACAUCCUCGGAAAGAAAAGGUUCUGGUGAAGCCUCUAGUGGACCCUCCCUUCUGAAGGACAUGGACUACUUCCCAUCAGGAAGUGUGGUGGACGGUCUUGCUGCUGCUCUUUUGGCUCGAUGCCAGAUCAGGAAUAUCCGAGGUAUUUUGUGCAUUUCCUGGCCUGAUUAUGGUGUACCUGUGAUGCAGUUGGUUAGAUCUCUUCUGGUAAAGGAUAUCUUGCCUGGUUUUGAUUUCUCUUCUUCAAGCUAUGAAAAUGAGAUGAAGUCUAGUUGGCUUAAGAAUCCUCUGCUUGAUACAGAGUUGUACACCUGAUAAGGUUCAUUGUAGUUGUUAUAGACAGACUUCAUAUUGCCAUCUAAAAGAAAGUGCUUAUUGAGAAAGAUGUUAUUACUUUGAACAAUUUUAUGAUUUAGGUUGAAAAAUUGUCCCAUUUUGAGGAUACAUGCAGUAUAUGCACUGGUAAUGUUGCCAUUCAAUC